GCUUAAUCCCGUUUUCCCGCGAAACUGUCACACACUGUCUGAACUGUGUUGUUUUGCGUUUAUUAUUUUUGGAUACACUGUAUUAUCAAUUGUUGUACAUGAAGACAAGUCCAAGUCAUUGGAAGUGAACCAAGAAAGAUUUUUUGGCAACAAUGGUGGCAGUCAGUGGGGAAUCCCCACUGGACUUGUUGGCCUUGCUGGGUACACUGGAAUCCAAAUCGGCAUUAUCAGAUGACCGGCUAGAAGCAUACAACACAUUAACAAAACAUUUAAUUGAAGGAGAACUCAGCAUUUUUGAGCAAGACAUAGUUCAGCAGGGUAGCCGUCUCUUGCGAGUGGCCAAACAGGAUGUCACUCACUUUGGAGAAUUGCCUGAUAUUUUGAUUCAGAAAGCUCUUCAUGUUAUAAGCUAUUGCUUGAAUGAUCAGGAAAUUGUCAGGUAUGCUUCAGCAGUGGAGCUAAGCAGUCUUGUGAGGCUGCUAUGUGAUGUUGCUGUCAGUUCUGCAGACAAAACAGUAUGCACACGUUCACUUUGGUGCCUUUCUAGGCAGAAAAUUUCUGUGGACAUAAUUGAAGGGGAACUGCAGUGUAUACUGACUGCACUAAACAAGGCAGUGACCAAAUGGAAGGGACAGUCCGUCAUCGUGGACCACGAGGCUUUGGCUGUGAUAAUAAGGUUGUGCGAGCAAUGUGGAAAACAGAUGGAGGCUGAGUGCACUAAAUGGGGACGUCUUGUACUCUCUCAGCUUGUAUCACAAGCCCAGAAAGUUCGGGAACGAGCAUUCAGCUGUCUGAAAGAACAGACUGCUUUCUUUUCUAGCCAUGCAGAGUUUGCCCAUCUAGCAUCUUCUGAUCUUAAAAUGAUUGGUCAGGGUUUGAAGAAGUUGUUUGAAGGAGGACAAGAAGCCUAUACUGUGAAAGUUUGGGAGGUUCUUAUGCAGAUCUUCAAACAAGAACUUACUCGGACAAGUGUCCUCAACGAAAUGCUUCAGAUUAUUCAACCUGCUUUUAAAUCUGAUUCUCAAGAAGUCCGUGGCAUGGCCUUUCAUUCCUGGAGAAUUCUGAUUGAUGUCUUUGCUGAAAAUCCCAGCUGGUUGGGAGAUCCUAAGCGUGUCAAGCUUGUUAUGCAAGUAUUCACUUUAUGCAGUACAACAGCUGAAGCCACUACAAUAGAAAAAGUAGGCACAUUGUGGCACUAUAUUUGUUGUCUAGGUGCACGGAGCUGGAGCAACUUUGACCUGGUUAUAAAACCACUUCUGCUGGUGUGUACUGGAAAUGUGCCACUUCGUACUGCUAAUGUUCAUCCAGUUACUGCUGCACCCACACCAACAAAAUUAGUGGCAAAGGCAGGAAGCAUACAUAGUCCUCAGUCACCAAGGUUGCCAGCAGGGUCUGCAGUGAGUGUUGGGGCUAUGAGCCCUGCUCACCAUCAACCCACACCUAGGCUUCAGGAACUGGGGAUGGAGAUUUUGGCCCAACUCUUGGCAGAUGAUACAACACCUGCACCUCCCUCAACCAUAGAGACUUUUAAGCCAGAUGCACGUUGGACUCCAAUAGCUUUUGUGAAGAAUGCUAACACUUUAAUGUUGGUCAUGUUUGAACUGAUCAGAUCUUUAAACACCAGAAUAUCAGAACCACUACUCAUUCAUGUCUGGCGAAGCAUGCUGGCUCAUUUGAGCAACGCUUUGGAGUCAUCCUCGCGAUCAGACUGCCGGGAACACUUGUCCUUUUUUCUUUUGCAGUUUCAGUCCCUUGUUCUAAAUCAGAUUAUUCCUCACAAACUUCUCUUGAAACUUUUCCAGCUGGUAUGUUCUCUUCCUCAGAAAGUUUUGUCAUCUACCGCUUUCAAUGUGUGUAGUGGCGAAGUAGUAAAAGGCUGUCCUGCACAGUUUUUGUGUGAAGUUCUUCUGACGCCAGAGCUGCUGAGAGAAUGUACAAAUAAUGAAAGUUUUAUAACUCUGCUGUCAGUGCUGCUUCAGUGUGGAACCAACCAUCCAUCCCGUGUUCUGCAGUUUUGUCAGUUUGUAUCUGAACUGCUGGAUCGCAAUGCUGAGUUUCUUCCAGGGCCUGAGGUAUUGUGGCGACUCUGGAGCAUAGUAGCUCACACUGUACAAGAGCACAUUAGUAAGACCAAUGAGGUGAAUCAAGGAGACUCCUUGGAAUAUAACUUUGACUGCUUGUAUGCCAUACUACUUAUUCCUGUUACACACCAGCUUGGGUCCAGGGUCAACCAGUCUGUUCUGAAGGCGCUCAUGAAGACAUGGUCAGAGUUGUAUCGUACAUUUGCUCGUCUCUCUGCUCUGGUUCCCAAUGCAGAGACAAACAUCAUUGUUGAGUACAUGAGUAGCAGAAUACUGGAAACAUACACAAGCAAAGAUCAUCUUCAUGAUGCAGCACUUUUGGAUUACCUGAUGAAUGUGUGUCAGGUCAUUGUAGACACUGUUGACUUCUCGUCUCUUGCACCAAAGCAGACCUUUGGUCUUGGGCUGUCACCAAGUCCUUCCAAAUGGACCCGGCGGCGGCAAAAACCUAUGGGAAACAUUCACUCUUUUGUCUGCCUUGUGGCCAGUUUAAUGGAGGCAGUGUGUGCAAGUGCUAUUAAUCCAAGUGAAGAACUGCCUUUUACUAAUCAGCAUAAAACAGGAGAAGAGACUGCACAUCUCAUCAUCACAGCCAAUACAAGCUUAGAGGUGAUGACAGUGCUUGUGACUCGUGUUAGUACAUCUUCUGUUGUAAGACAUAUGCUGGAGACAAUAGCUUCCCCACUUGCUAACUACAUGAAGGUGGCAAACAAGAAAUCGUCCCUAAAACUUCACACCCCAGCUUUCCUGCAGAAGCUGGAAAAACUUUGGGCAGACGUUUGCACGAUGAUUCAGAGUCGAUACAGUGGUCCCUAUGAUAGUGAUCUGCUUAAUCACCUGUCACCUUUGCUUCAAGCUACUUUCCUUCAUUCUCGUCGUCAGAUAAAGAACCAGACUGUUCUUCUGUGGAAUGCCACUUUCUCUCGAUCAGCACCUUUGACAUACCCUGAUGAACUGCAGCCAGUGCUUAGCAAGGUGAAAGAGAAAAUCCAAAUCCUGCUGCCAGGAUGGACAAACAUUGAUGUAACAGUCAUUGAUGAGACACCUCUCAGUCAGAUAAGUCAGCUGGACUCGCAGGCCCCAGAACCACUGCUGCCUGGAAUGCCUUCACCAGUUCGUUUAAGAGGCAGCCUACUGCAAAAAGAACUCUCUCCUAAACCAAGCCAUUUAUCUCCUGCAAAGAGUGUUGUCCCAAGUAGCCUCACUGGUGGUUUAUUUGGAGGGCGGGCACGAAAAAAUCUGACAGUGGAUUUAAUGCCUGAUGAGGAUUUUGUCGUCAUCAACGCCAAACCUAAAAAACGUAGAAUAUUAACAGAACACCAGAAGGAAGUAAUGAAGGAGAAACGUGUUUUCCCAGUGAUGUACAACAAUUUGGAUAUCUCACAGGAUGUGUCACUCAUGUCUCAGCUGUCAUCUUCUGACACACAGCAAGAGUCAGUGUUAGUGACAAGUAAAGAUGAUAAUGCUGUCAUUGUGAUCAACUCUAGCCAGUCUCAAGAACUGGAACAAAAGACCGCUGAAGAAGUCCAAGAACAGGAUGUUCCAGAUGUCAAACAGAAAAGGAUUCACCCAUCAGUAAGGAGAAGUCUUCGUCGAAAGACUGUCCAUUUUGAGGACAAAUCUCAAGAAAAUAAAUCCCAAGCAGAAACUGAACCAUGCAGUUCUGCCCAAAAACAAAGCACAGAACAGAAUAAAUCUUUAUUACAAGAAGAAAUUGGGGAAGAGAAUAUGUGUGAAGGAAACGUACAAAAAUUUGGAAAAUGUGGAAAGACCACAAGCUUACCAUAUCCUGAACCUAAUCAGUUGGCAAUGUUUGGUGAGAAGUUGAUUGAGACUUUGAGUAGCAAAGAAUCUUCCAUAACCACCAAGAGCUCUUUGUCUGAGUCGUCAUCAGGAGAGCAGAUGGUGAUCCAGGAAGCUGAUCCAUUUUUCAGACCAUUCAAAUCCCUCAGUCAGAGUCCGCCAGUGACUAGAAGGCGGUACAGUCAGAAAUUAGAGGAAGAGAUUUCCGCAGGAUGUUCAUCCAGAAAAACUCGCAGCCAGGAAGUAGAUUGGUCUCUGAAGUUGAUUGCAAAAGUUCAGGGACAAAGCCUGCCAAUUUACCCAUCUGCACCAGCUUGGAAAAAUGGCUGAAAAAGGCUGAGACUUCCAAGCCUGAU